AUGACAUUUAUUGGUAAAGCAAUACAUAUAUCUAUUGAUCUUGCAUUAGUUUCGACUUGUCUUGCAGGAAUAAAGAGAAACACAGGACUUACGUUCAAGACAGAAUCAUUUCAGAAUGAAACUGCAAAGGUAUACACUACCAGAUAUCUCAAUAUAGGUGAAUCUCUCUACGAUAGUGCGGUAGCUUCAUGUGGAUCGUCUAAGUAUUUUGUUCGCAAGUAA